GGUGUGGCCCGUCAGCGCGGCAGCAGCUUUAAUGGAGACCAGGAGGAAAUACAUCUGUACCUGCGCCCUGGGAGUGGUGACACUCUUCUUCUAUCUCUGCUUUGGGUGGAACUCUUGGAGCAGCCCGACUCGAACACCAGAUCCUGGACCGUAUCAUGUGGCCUAUCCACGGAACUACAGGUUCAUCAUGGACAACACGCCAACCUGUCACACCAGGACCCCUUUCCUGCUCCUCAUGGUUCAGGUGGCAACGGCUGACAUCGCGGCUCGGGACUCCAUCCGCAAGACGUGGGGAGGUGAGAAGCAGGUCCUGGGUCAGCUGGUGGAGACCCUCUUCGUGCUGGGCCUGCCCGGGGGAGCUGAUGCCCAGCAGCAGCAGGAGAAGCUCCGACAGGAGAACCUGCAGCACCAGGACCUGAUCCAGAGUGACUUCCUGGACAGCUACCGCAACCUGACCAUCAAGACCAUGACGAUGCUGGAGUGGCUGUCUGCGCACUGCCUCCAGGCUUCCUACGUGGUGAAGAUUGACUCGGAUAUGUUGCUGCAUGUCCCCAACGCGGUGAAACUGCUGCUGAGCCCCGGCACGGCCAAACAGAACUACAUGACGGGUCUGGUGUGGUGGCACAGCCCGGUUUUAAGGAACCCAUUCAACAAGUUCUACAUGCCGGAGACGGUGAUAGCGGAGCCUGAGUACCCCCCGUACCCCCUGGGCAUGGCCUACAUCAUGUCCCUGGACCUGCCUGCCAAGAUCCUGGCAGUCUCUUCUCACAUCCAGCCCAUCUUCAUUGAGGACGCCUACCUGGGGAUGUGCCUGAAGCGCCUGGGUAUCCCCCCCACCGAACCCCCUGAGGACACCAUGUUUAUUGUGGCCCCCGAGCAUCCUCUGAGCAGCUGCAGCCUUUCUAAAGUCAUCGCCGUGACAACGACCAGCAUCCCACAGAUGGUGAGCUACUGGGAGAGGAGCAGACAGCCAGACGCUCACUGUUGACCAGGACAGAGAUCAGAGGGGGGGGGGGGGGGGGGGGGGGGGGGAUUACUGCGUUAUUCCUUGUUCACAUGCUAAUAUGCUAAAUGCUAAGUAAGAACAACGAGCUGAAAGAGGUGUAGAACACGUACAUGUUUUCAGUUAAUUUGCCCUAAAACGUGGGUUGGUUUUAAAAUGAAAUCCCUAAAAGUGAUGCCAUUGACCCCCCCCCCCCCUCCCCUAGCAGACAGGGGCUUGAAGAUCCCUCCCAUUUAUUAAUCACAUUAGUGUAGAAUCUAAAGACCUCUGAGACCUUUUGUUGAAAUGUGUUUUAUGUGAUUCAUGUGACUCUCCAUGUGUCCCCCCCACCUGCUCUGGGUGAGGGAGGAUGACACAAGGCCUCAGAUGUGCAAACUGCUUCAUGUUUAGUUUGAAGGUUCUGAUGAUCUCAAUAAAGCACCAAAAGUCUCUUAUGAAACUCUAUUAUUGACUGAAC